UGAGAUAUCUAAACUUUUGUAUAGAUUUAAGAAAAAAAAUCAUUUCUAUCAAUAAUCUAUACAUUAUUUCCGUGUGUGCAGCAUUUGUAUCGACCUUUGCUAUACAUCGUCGUGUUACACAUUGAUUAACAUCGUACUAUGAUUCGGUGAGACAAUUUGUAAUUAAAAAAAAUAUAAGAUACGAUCGCAAUUGGCGGUGAUUUUUUUAAAUUACGUAUGACCGAUUUUUGCAACGUGAAGUCAGUUGGUGUUCAAACAUGGAGAAGAAGACAGCAUCCAUUUGUACAGAGGAUCUGAAAAAACACUUUCGAUCGCUUAAAUAUUCGACAAAAGUAUUGAGUCCGAAACUGCGACGUAUUCGAAAGAUCUCGCGAUGGGUGCUCGUCAUUCUUGCUCUAAUUGUAACGAUUCUUUUUUGCGCAUAUAAUUUUGUUUUUGAAAACUAUGAAGUGAUUGGCGAAAGUUUAGAAUGUACAACAAAUACACCGUUUCAAUUUAAUUAUACAUGCAAACUUGAAAUUAAGGAGAAUAACACACAGUAUUGGUCAUUCGAAAGUGCAUUUCCCGAUGGACUCAGCAUUCCACACAUGAUGGCACGUGUCAGUACAUAUCACUGGACCCAUGGCGAAUACAAAGCAGUCUUUCUCAAAAAUACAACCAUCGAUGUGUGUGAAUAUUCUGGCGGACCAUUUUCAAAGCUAUUCAUAUCCAUCUUUCUGCCCGACAUGAUCGAAAAAAGUAAUUUCAAUCGACCGUGUCCGUUUUCGGGUGCGAUUUAUAUGCGAAGAUUCCAGUUUCGAAGAAGUUUAAAAUUGCCACGAGUUGUGCCCGGGAAAUGGCUGAUUGAAUUUCAAUUUUAUAUGAACGAGGUCAAAGAGUUAACAUUUACCGUAUUAGUAAAAGUUGAAAUUCGUCCAAUUGGCUGGCAUCUUUUUGAAUUUGAGCUCAACUAAAAUCUGAAUUCAUUUGAUUUAACUCCCAAAAAUAUGUUUUCACACACCAAAAUUGUUAGAUCAUUGAUUCAUAUUCUAUUUUUUUCUCUCUCUCUCAAUCUCUCUCUCGAUCUUCAAAUCUAAUAAAAGUUCUAUGACAUUUACAUCUUUCUUUGUGUUUUGUUUAUAUCAAAAUUCGAUUGAUGGGUGGCAAUGUGUGUAUUUUGGGUGAGAAACAUCUGUCAGUUGUAAUUUCAGCGCUUCAUCUGAAGAUACAAUAGAAUGGAUAAAAAAUACCAUGCGACAAAAGGUGAACAAUAUAACAAAUGAUGUUUGAAGACGAAAAAGAGAGAGAAAGAGAAAGAAAACGAUAUUUAAAUCCCGCAUAAUGUUGGAGUGAAGUAAAAAAGGUUUUGACGGCAAUUGGUUGAAUAGGAUUUAAAUACGAUUAUUUAGUUAUUUCGAUUCGUUUGAACAAUGGUUCAACAACGUAUUUAUUUCUUACAAACUAUGAACGUACCCGAUGUACUGUCAUCGUCUCAAUGACGUUUUAAGCAACACACCGAACGGUGUCAAUCACCGAAGCACAUUUGUUUUUUAUACAUUAUUAUUGCAAGUGGAACAGUUUUUUUUUGUGAAAUGGCAACAAAAUCCAUCGAAUUGUCGGCAAAACAAAAAUGUCACACAUUGUCAGCGAAGACAAAAAAGAAAACGAAGAAAACAUUCAGAUAUGCGUUGGCACAAACAUUUCCACGAUACUGGCCACAACUCAACGAUGAACAAUCGCAACGGUUGCAUGAUUUACUGCAGAAAGCUCAAAUACGAAAUCCACAAUGGUUUGCCGAGAAGAAAACAAGUUCAAGUUCUCGAUCCAUUCAUUACGGUCUCCAAGCAUCAAUUAGAAAACUUAAAUUCGGUCAAAUCAAAUUAUUUGUAUUAUCGGCCGAUCUGAAACCAAGAUAUGUGGCCAAUCAAAUCAUUUUACAAGCACUUGCCUGCAAUGAAGACAUACGAAUUCUAUGUGUACCGAAUUUAGAGACUUUAAUACGACCAUUGUUGAAUUUUUCGUGCUAUGCAUUUGUGAUUGACAACUGGUCAGAAUUCACUGAACUCGAUCAAUGGACAAAAAGUUUAAUUGGCGAUCAUUUUGCGGUGCCGACGAUAAUUCAAGCACAUUUUGACCAACGCAAAGCAAUGGAUGUAGACGAAACGGAUGCAAGUGUGGAGAAAGUACCGAAACGAGAAGAAAUAGUUGAAGUCAAUCGAUUUUAUUUAUUUAAAGAUGAUUGCCAAGAGAAUAAACGGGCAUUUAUUCCAAAGAGUGCAAUUAAUCUUAAACCGAUUGCACUUGAACUCGAAUCGCUCAAUAAGAUCAAAUCCGAUUUCGUUUCAUUGGAUUCGUAUGAGAGCAACAAUCAGGCAAGUCGUAGCCAUGGAAAAGAUUUUCAUAAAUCGAAAAAACACAAGAAAACUCCAUUGGCAUUGUAUAGGGAAUUGACCGUACAUAAAGUACAAAAUAAUCCAAAUAAAAUUAAGAAAAUUAAAGAUAAAAAGUUGAAAAAGAAUAAAAAAUAAAUAUUAUUCAAUUUA